UGCCCGACCGCUCGAUGCAACGGUGCUCCCGUAGCGUGACUGUGUCCGGCGUCGCCCAACAGCGACUCGCGACGGUCAAGCCUGCUCAGAGCGACGAGUCUUUGGCCGAGCUGUUCGCCCUCAUUGAGAGCAACCCCUGUCUCUGGAGGAACUGCUCGAAGAGCUUCGAGAAGCUGCGACUUAAGCGUCGACUCUGGGACCGAUUCGCCGUCCACCUCCAAAAGCACUUCCCCAUGCUGGGACAGUUCACUGGUGAUAACCUGUGGUAUGUGUACGGCAUCGAGAGGCGGCAGUACUACGCUGAGUUCAAGGACAAGACAAGGCUGACCAAAACCGGAAAGCUGGCCUUAAAAGUGAAACUGUGCAAUGUCGUGGAGAAGAAACUGCCUGAUGUCGUCUCUGCGAAAGCGGGAGCAUUAGAAAGCGUCAGUGGCGACUUGACACUUGAGGACGUCAAGGUGACCUACAAUAUGUAGAAACGAGCCAACCUUCCAACGUUCGUGAUGAUGGCACGCAAGGAUGAUGCCAAGUGGGAAGCGAGAAAGGCCAAGCACGCCGACGAGUCCAAUUGCAAGUUUAAAGAUUACGGUGAGAUCGACUAUGCGAGCAUCGCCUGUUUCCUGAGCUUCCAGG